AUGGCCUCCAAACCCGCGGAUGCGGCAGGGAGCCAGCAGCAGGUGAAGGAGGAGCCCUCCAUGGCGGACGUGUACAGCGGCCAUGAGCUGACGCCACUGCAGAAGCACGCCGCCUUCUUCGACCGGAACAGGGACGACAUCAUCUACCCCUCGGAGACCUACCAAGGGCUGCACGCCAUCGGGUGCGGCGUCGUCGUGUCCGCUGCCGGCGCCGUCUUCAUCAACGGCCUCCACGCUGCCAAGACGGUACCGGCGAACGUGAAACCUCCAGCCUUCAAGUUUCCAAUCUACGUGAAGACCAUCCAGCAGGGCAAGCAUGGGAGUGACACAGACGUGUACGACACCAACGGAAGGUUCGUUCCUGAGAAGUUUGAGGAGAUAUUCAAGAAGCACGCCCACACCAGGCCUGAUGCGCUAACGAGCAAAGAGCUGGGGGAGAUGCUCAAAGCAAACAGGGACCCUAAAGAUUUCAAAGGCAGGGUGGGCGCCUUUGGAGAGUGGAGACUUCUCUACUUUCUGUGCAAAGACAAGGAGGGGUUUCUUCACAAGGAGACUAUGAAGGCGGUCUAUGAUGGCAGCGUGUUUGAGAAGUUGGAGCGAGAAAAGAAGCAGGCUAAGGAAUUUGCCAAGAAGAAAUGA